CUACCCAGGAGUGUGUGCCAUCGACCACGCCCACCCUCGUUUUCAUGGGAACUACAGGUGGCUUGGCCAUUCUUCUUCUUAUCAUAGCAAUAUCCUGGAUAGUCUAUCGGAUCCGAGGUCACAUGUCUAAUAAAGAGGUUAAUGGAACGCAGGUGACACACACUUACCUCGACAUGUCUCGAUCGCCGUCCCAAAAGGUUGAGGGACUGAACCAAGGGAUAUCACCAAAAUCCACUCUAUCCAGACCUCUCCCGGGACCCCAGCCAGGAGCUGAGGAUUAUGAAGAAACUACAAAUAUACAAAACACUGGGGUAUUGUACGAAAGCAUUCCAGAGAACAAACUCGGUGGGCAGUACGAAAACGCUCCAGAGCCCGGAUCAAUACGCGAUGUAGAAUGUGACUACGAGAGCGCCACCGAUACUGUUCUUUCAGAUAAUCUUCAAGGAAGUGUAGCACUUGCGGAUGAUAGGGGCAAUGCGGAAUCUGUGGACCAGGAUGAAUUUGGUUAUGUUCUUCCAAACGCUCGAUCGAGUGCGCGGGUGCAAAGUAACGUGUUACCAAGUAAGAUGAAAUCGAGAGGUCUAUUCAUGGUCUUUGAUGAAGAUGGUUAUCUAAACCCACACUCGUGAACAUUGUAUUGAUUAGCCCUCAUGCAAACUGGACCACAUUCAACCAUCGUGAUAACCUACUCGAUACAUGUGUGACCCAAUAUGGUCAUGGGUGGUUAUGAUGGGUUAUUAACAGAAACAGAAAUGAAAAUGCUAUAAAAAUUGACCUUCGAGACAGAAUAUUUUCACUACCAUGCAUUACUGGAAAAUGCACUGCAGCUGGCACAUGCAACUAUUAAAUAUAUUCUGAGAAAAAUUUCAUCAACACUUGUAAUCUUAAACGUGGUCAGAUAUGUCUGACAACUUAUUAACGUUGCUGCUAUUUAACGUAAAUCUUUCAGUCAACAUCGAUUGACUGGAAGUACUGUUUACAUGGUCCUGUCGGAUAGAAGAGGGCUCAUCGGGUCAUAAGGUAUUGAUGAAAGGCGUUGUAUAUUUGGCGAGUUUAGGUCUUUACUAUUAAAGACAAUGUUUCAAAUCAAAUGAAUGAAUGAAUACUGCAAAAAAAAUCAUACCUAUGGAUACCAAUGGAUGCUUGUGAACGCAGUCUAAGACUCUAUAUUCAGUUCCAAAUUCUGUCUCCUCUUUAGGUUGGCCGGAUCAUGUCCUGGUGGGUCAGCAUCAAACUUGAACUUCACAGGUUCACAUCUCCAAUACUUAUCCAAUCCAUUCUCGAAGCUGUGGACAGUGGGUGCAUUUACUAAUUCAUUACUUAGGCUAUUCCAAGGUUUCCUCAUUCUUAUGUAAAAAGAAUUCUUACGUUUCUCAGUUACUGAUCUCGGAAUGUACAAUUUUUUUAUCAUGACCCCUGGUAGGCCCAUGCACCUGUCCCAAAUCUGGCACUACCUCUUGGUCAUACCUUUGAAAUAACUUGUAUGUUUCGAUCAUGUCUCCUCGCGCGCGGCGAUAUGCUAAUCGGAAGUUUUAGUUGAAUCAAUCUUUGUUCAUAUGGAAGGUUCUUAACCUCAGGUACCAACUUAGUGGCCCUUCUUUGUACAUUUUCAAUUGCUUGAAUAUGUUUCUUUAAGUAUGGACUCCAUACUGCAUGAGCAUACUCCAAAUGAGGUCUAAUCAAUGCUUUGUAUAGGAGUAAGAAGUUCUCCUUGUGAAGAUAAACAAAUGUUCUCCUAAUUAGAUUCAUUAGGCUAUUGGCUUUAUUUAUCUUUGACUGAAAGUG